AUGCACCCCGCACAGAGCGCAAUCUUGUUGGGGGCCGUGCUUGUCCUGCAUGUGGUCCACGCACCAUUUACAAAGGUUGAAGAGAGUUUCAGCUUGCAGGCAGUGCAUGAUAUUUUGACAUACGGCAUCGCGCCGGAGAGCAUAGCUGCAUACGAUCAUAUCGCCUUCCCCGGUGCGGUGCCCCGCUCAUUCCUUGGCCCGCUCCUGCUGGCAGGGUUGACAGCGCCGCUGCUCGGUGCAAGCAAAGCGCUGGGCAUUGUGCUGGACGCGUCCCAAGUACAGCUUGCAGUGCGGAUCGUGCUCGCGCUUGCGACGUGGGCGGCGCUCAUUUUUUUUUGCACGUGUGUCUUUCCUCGGCACGCCCUUGCGCAGCGCUACUUUUACUUGCUCUGCGCCGCGCAGUUUCACCUGACGUUUUGGACGGGCCGCACUACGCCCAAUGGAAUUGCGUUUCCCCUCGCCGUAGCGGCGCUGGGUGCGAUUGUGGGCCAUAGAGGGACAUAUGCAGGGCUUGUCCUGCUCGUCGUCACAGCCAGCACCCUGCGCUUCGAGAUUUUCGGUCUUUGCAUUCCAGCGUAUCUGUGGGUAUGGCGCUCGGGCAAGCGCUUUGCCGUUGUGUUUUGGACAGGCCUCUUUUCGAUCGGCCUGGGCGCCCUCCUCUCCCUCGGCGUCGACUCCUAUUUUUGGCGCCACGUGGACAAAAUCCGUGUGCCGCACCUCGGCGCGUGGGUGUGGCCCGAAAUCAGCGCCAUGCAGUUCAAUGUCGUCGAUGGGCACGCGUCGAAUUGGGGCACCAUGCCGUGGCACACGUACCUGGUGCACGAUAUACCCCGCAUGCUCACCGGCACGCUCCCGUUGUUCCUUGUCGGCCUCAUCUAUCCCGUCCGUGCAUUUCCCCGCGCUGCGAUCCUCUGCAUGGCCCUCUUUCCCGUCGGCUUGCUCAGCAUUUUGUCGCACAAAGAGUGGCGCUUCAUUCUCUACUCGGUCCCGCUACUCAAUUGCGUGAGCGCGGUGGGCGCUGUUGGAUGCCACGCAUCCAUGCACCGCAUCGUGCCGCUUGCAUGCAUUGCAGCGGCGUUUGCCUGCUCCCUCCUAUUUUCACAUGUCAGCGCACUCAAUUAUCCCGGCGGUGCGGCACUGCAUAUGCUGCACCGUGCAGUGCCCGAGGGAGGCGUGUCGGUGCACGUGGAUACGUUGGCCGCCAUGACGGGCGUCACACGUUUCCAAAGCAUCCACAUGCACCGUCCAUCCCGCUCGCUCGUGCCGCAGACAGAGCCCGAGUGGGUGUAUGACAAGCGCGAGGACCUCGGCUAUGACGACGAUGCAUGGCGCGAAUAUACCCACAUCAUCACCGAGCAUGCCAAUUGCAACGUCACGAGCCGCGCUCUUUUUACGCCGAUAGCAGAGGCACUUGGCACCUGUUGA